CUGUUGUAAAUAAAAACAAGCAAUUAUGAACGUGUACCUGUUAAUUUCAAUUAGUUUUUCGUUCCUAUUGACUGUGUAUGCCCAACAGUGUCAGAAUGCUCAAAUAGUCUCGACGUCUUAUACCACACAAGACGCGACCGUGUUAAAACAUAUAGCUUAUAUAUCGAAUUUUCAAGUAAAAUGCAAAAAAGGCGAUCCAGGCAACCUGUAUGCCUUAUUGGGGGACGUUAUUACACCAGUGGCUUCGGUAGGAGCUGGAAAAUAUCAAAUAAGUUGGACGGAAGAUGUAAAAAUUGCAAGGACAGGUGAUAUAGUGGUACCAAUUUUUAAUGAAAGCGGCUACGUCGCUGCAAAAAAAAUUCUUAGAACUGGAGAAGACAUUACCACAGUUCCGACAUUUACUAAAAUAGUAAUAAACCAUCCGGGCAUCUACGCUGGACCCUGGAUAUCUUGUGAAUUUUUAGCAGUGGGUUUUUCAGUCGCCAUUGCCUAUGUUGCGAUCCAUUUCCGCUCCAAACUGUUAAAUUAAAAAAAUAAUUUUAUCAUGUCUUGGAUACAAUAAAUCUUUCAAAACGAUUGCGUAUAACUCCAUUAAAUUAAAACCACAAAGCCCCUAAAUGCAUUAUUUUUAAUCUUAUUAAAUAAAACUGCACAAAUGUCUAAUUUCAAAAUAGCAAAUAUUUGUAUAGUUUUUUUAGUUGUUCUCCUGUUAAUUUUAUUCUGCAAUUCUUCAUGCUGAUUAGUCAACUAGUGAAGUGAGAUUAACUGAAGUUAAUGAAUCGCAUGUAAAUAGAUGGGUCGUAAUAUGCUUAAAUCAAAUCAGGUAAAGUUUAAAUUUUAUAAAAUUAUAUUAUUGUUGAAAAUACAAUAUUAGAGGUUAUUUUUCAAAUUCUAGUGCAACUUGUGAAGUCUAAAAAUAAUUAAUAGAGAAAAGAGAUACAACUAUCAGAGGAUCCAUUAUCCGUAUUCCUGACAUUCUGACAUUGCCCGUUUUACAUUAGCUUAGCUUACGUC